AUGGGUGACUCGUCACCAGAGCCUCUGGACGAGUUGGACGAACCACGAAAUCGACGAGUGGUACGAUGGCAUAGUGUGCGGGUGGUACGAGAUCCGAAUGGCUCACCGGAUUUCUGUGAUUUACGCCGUACCGGUACAUUGCCUGCCAUACGAUCAUCUAUCAAAGGUAUGAGAAGUGGUCGCAUUGAAGUAUUCGAUGGUCAGCACAGCUACCUAAGGGUCCCAGCACAUUCAGGAAGAACAUCGCCAAGUGUCGCCUCCAACAUGUCCGAGCCUGACUCCUGUAUUGAUGACGGCCGCUAUCAAGACGACGACGAAAUCGACAUCGGUGAGUGCUUGAUGUUAGUUCGUGAAUCCUUUAUCAUCAGUUGA